GCAGCGGGCGCGCGCUAGUGUCGGCAUCGGUGCUGCUCGUCCCUUUCCAUAUCCGUCACCUUCCACCACCUCAAAACGCUGAACGGACCUCCGAGGACCACGCAUAGCCAGCAGAGAGAACCGGUUCCUGUCGGCUGGUGGAAAGCGGCACGAGGCGGCGCGAGCUUAACCCGGCACAACGGAUUUCGUAUCGUCUUGCGGCGGAUAAUCGAACGCUAUCCGACAUGAGCACCUCGACGUUCGUUGGGAAUUCGGACGGUCUAGUAACAGGACUCUGUCCCGCGCCUCCUCCACCACCACCGCCGCCUCCAGUGCCCGGUCAGGUGCCGGCCAUGAGGAUCAACACCGUAGAGGCACCGACGAUAAGGAGGCCACAAAUGGCGAGCAACGACGCGUACGAGCCGCCAGCGGCCAUUCAGAACGCGAUGCUCACCAAGGAUAAGAAACCGUUCACGUACACGCCGGGGAUGGGCGGUAAAUUGGACCUCUCGCAGAUCAGAAGCCCUCGAAUGGCUCGCAGAGUGGCGAAAAACGCGAACGACGAAGGUAUCGAGGGUCCACCUAAGUCAGCGCUCGAAUCGAAACCUACGCCACCGCCGAACACCACGGCGAAUCUGUUCGUGCAGCCUCAAGUCGCGAUUCCCGUGUUCCCGGCAAAUAUCCCGAUUCAACCGCCGGCGAACAGGACACCACAGACGCCACCUGGAAACAGAACACCGCCUACGCCGCCUGCCAACAGGAUUCAACCAGGCACUCCAGAGAAGCAGCAGCCGGAAUCGCCUAAAAUCGUGACCAAAGUAGACACCAAAGUGCCCGUGAUGGCGGUCCAGCCGAACUCUCCGGAGAGUCCAAGCACACCAACUCAGGUGACCCUGACGAAAGCACCGACACCGUGGCUCCAGAACAAGAACAAACCUCCAGAAGAAUUGCCCGAGUGGGCGAAACGUUCGAGCGCGAAUAAGCAGGGCUCGACGUCACCGGAUAGCUCGACAUCGCCGCCAGUUUACACGUCGUCGAUUCAGCAGACGCAGCAGCCGCCUCAAUGGCAACAAACUCAACAGCAGAAACCGCCUCAACAGCAGCAGACUCAGCAAAGACCUCAAUCUUUGCCGCAGCAACAAACUCUACAGAGGCCGCAAAUUCCUCAGCCGCAGCAGCAGCAGUAUCAUCAAUAUCAACAACCAACGCAGCAAUUCAAUCAGCAACAGAAACAACGUCCGUUCUCUAGUCCAUCGACACCUCAGCAAAAUCCUCAAACAAAUUCGCAAGAACGCGUGAUACCGAUUCGCAUCGAGGACAGACCGUCUGUGUUCGACGUGAAACCAGAAUCAGGCCAUCAUCAGUUCAAGCAACCGAGCCCUCAUCAUCAACAACGAUGGGGCCAACCGCCUGGCCAGAAUCAGGUUCAGAAUCAACAGCAGCCUCAACAAUCGACGGGGGGUGCCUUCAUUAUACCUAUCAUGAUGGAGGGAGGUGAUAAGAAGAUCGUCGGUGGAGGAAAUUCGAACGUCGUGUAUCAACAACCCGUUGUUAGGAAUAAUGGAUCGAAUAUGGAGAAUCAAAGUGUGAAAGUGGUUCCACAACGUGUUAUACCGGUGCAGAUGCAACAGUCGGAUUCUGGCCCAGUUCAAUCACGAUCGUUCAGGGUUCUUCAGAAGAUCACGGACACGGAUACGGGGAACGAUAUGGACACGGAACAGAUGCGUAAAUUGCAAUUGUCGGAGGACGACAGGAUCUUGAUGAAUAAGUUUAAGGAACAAGUUGACAACGAUUCUUCGCUUCAUCACGAGGAGGAUCCUAGAUAUCGCGGCGCAGCCAUACCGUCUCGUGCCUUCCGCUUCCUGCAAACUAUGACGGACUCUGGCGACGCUCCCGUUAUGAACACGACUCCACGGCCACAGUCCGCCAUAAACAAGAAGCAGAACAGGAAUUCAAAGACUUUCGAAGAAACGCAAGCAAACCUACCACCGAGCGAACAACAGGUUCCAGAGCCAAAGAAGUACAUGGGCAGCGCGAUUCCCUCGAGAUCGUUCAGGAUACUUCAAGCUAUGACUGCUCCAGAGAGCGUCGCCACGCAAGAAAAUCGUCAAGCAGAUUACCACUGCCAAACAGAGAAUAACGUGCCGGGCAAUCAGCAGGGUGUCUUCCUACCCCCUUGUCCGCCGCCAUUUUGGUCCCCUGACAGUGGUUGGUGGGGCUAUUACCCUCUCCCUUAUCCCGGUGUCUCGAACGAGACCAACCCGUACCAUCCAGACAACACAGCCUACGUGUACUUUCCGAUUUACAAUCAGAAUUACACAGCUUACCCCCAGUACGAACCGAAUAAGAACUCGUAUCCAGGUGUUUAUCCGCCGUACGUAAUCCCAGUUCCACCUCAGAGUAACAACAGUAGCAAUUAUAACUGUGGACCAGCCAGUGGUAACGUAGUACCACCGAAAAUCGAGCCAACGACGAAUAUUCCCGAGAAUAUUCCGGACAGUGGACACGAGAAUCAGGUGUCGACGGAGAAGGAGGAUCUUAACGGUCUUCCUCAGUGGGAGAGAGCGAACAGUAUGUCUAGAACAGCGAGCAACAACAGCAAAGACAGCGACUGUACCACGGCGAUGAACAUCACCGACGAAGAAGAGAUUCCUGGUGAGAUCGUUGCACCGCAAGUCGAGGAAAACGUGGAAGAGACGUCGGAAACGAAAGCUUGUUCGAACGGAGGACUCAACGUUACCGUUCCUAAUUACACUUACAUCGACACCAGUGAUUCUAGCGAUUCUACGGACUCCGAGUCUCAGUCUGACAACGAAUCGAUCGUCGAAUCGACGAAGAGUAGCAGCGAUAACAAUUCUGAGGAAUCUUCGUCCGACAGCGACGACUCUGACUCCUAUUUGGCUUAUUCUACCGGGUUGAACCCUCACGGGAGGUUCGAGAAGGAGAGCGAAAGGAAUUCUACGAGGAUUUGCUCGAGUAAAGAGUCCUGCAACGAAGGACAAGGCUCGGAGUCUUCGUCGAAGAACAACACCGACUGCGAGUCCGACCUCGAAGAGCAGGUGGAGAAGGAGGCUGAGAAAAUCGACAACAACACGUUUCCUCAUCAGUUGAGCGUGAUUUACGAGGACGUGGAGCGUCCAGAUUCGGAGAGUCCAAGACCUCCGGAAGCUAGAAGCAUUCUAGAGUGGAAUCAAACGCCUUUCGAAACCAUCGACGAUCCUCCCGACGACGCAGACGCCCCGACAGUCAGCGUGAGUCUUCCUUUGAGGAUUAAAUUCUCGGUUUCGGAAAAUAACGAGGAUGUGACCACUGUGAUCGUCGGAGACAGCACUGUCAAGCCUGACAAGGGUUAUAUCAAGGAAGAAACUAGAAGUGCGAAGGUUCAGGAGAAGAGCAACGACGUUUCAGCUGAAUUUCUGGUGAACACCGAAACCAGCGUGGAUUUCACCGUGAAGAGAGAAAGUUCGGAGAGUAAACGAAAGGUGAAGAAGAUAAAGGAGGAAACAGUGGUUAGUAAGGUGGGAAAGAACGAGGAUCCGGUGAUUCCUCACGUGAAUUUCACUUUGAGAAAGAUUCCUACUAGGUUUAAUAGAAUUAAUUGCGAGGAAACGGUCGAGACCGAGUUCACGAUUCGAAGGAGAUCGAGCUCGAAGAAGGAGGAGGACAGAUCUAGUAAAAAGCAAGAAGAGUGUUCGAACGCUACAAACGUGAAAAAUACCAGUAAUGAUUCGUCUAGCAAAGAAUCGUCGAAGAAAGAGGACAAUUCGAGCUACGUGAAAAACAAGGAAACCAGUUCAGAGCCGCGCGAUUUCAACAGAAAUAUCCUCAAACCGGAAGUGAUAGUCUCCGACUGUAACUGGACGGAGGAGCCCAAAAAAGAAUCUGCGCAAAACUUCCAAAAGACACUCUCGACUCUCGACAAUCUCGAACAAAACAACAUAUCUCAAGAUACCAUAAAAAUUCCAAAGAAGAGUAACAAAACCGAGGAAGAACUCGAAGAGAAACAAGCUAAAGACUCGAAGCACCUGUUAAGCGUGCAAAAUUCACGCGAAGAGACAGACGACGAGGACAGUGGCGUCACUUCCGACAUGAGUCGAAUGAUCUCCGAAGUGGACACAGACUCUGAGUGCACUUCUUCGAAGAACCUGAGAAAAUACCAGAGAACACAGACCCACUCCAGACUCUUCAAACUUCUGAACGACGAUUCGAUCCUUCCGGAAGGAACCGAGAAGACCAACGACUCUCAAUCCGGAAGAGAGUAUCUCAGUCUACCUUUGAAAAACACAGCCUUCAAUUACGACGAGAAUUACUGUUCCAACUACUCGAGCGGUCUGACUUCUCCCGAAUACUCGCCAAUCUGCGAGCAAUCGUGGAGGAGGCUUCACGACACGGAGAACCAGAGAGUACCGGAGCAAAAUGGCGACGCGUACCGUCAAGCACAUCCUCUGACACGCCAGGACAGGAUCACCUGUAAGGAAGAUCCGUAUUAUCAGGCAUGGAAAACACCCAAAUCACCUGUACCAUUAGUAGAUCACGACGUGGUGCCGUCUUUAGCGUUCAAGGUCCUAGAGAGCAGGAGGCCAUUGUGGUCGUACAAGGUCCCGAUGCAACGGAUUACUGAGCAAGGACAGGUGUGCCACCUUCAGAAACAAUGGCAUUGCUAGUGUGUUUUCUUUUUUCUCUCUCUCUCUCUUCUUUUUUUUUUUUUUUUAAUUUUUUGUUUCGUUUACAACAACGACUCGCAGAGACUCGUUUCCUACGAUCAAUCCAUCCUACAAAUUGUAUUUGUUGCGCCUGGAUAGGUUUCGUCUUUUCCACCUGUCUCUUCUUUAUUUUUUUUUUCUUCUCAUUCUUUCUUCUUCUUUCGAUCCUUUUUCCCAACGGUGUGUGUGCAUAUUGCUAGGGGACGAAGAUCCUUAGGGAAACGAUAUUCACAGCGCCGAAUCGCGCGACCGAAUUUUUCGCGGUGGAAAGUAAGAUGGACGGCUUUGGUCGCGGUGAUUCCACGUUGCCAUCUUCAGAGAAGUCAAUAUAGAUAUAACCGGUUGAGAAGAUCGUGUAUUUGUAUCGAUACCA